CGCUGUCAAAGUCGGUCUUGUCAGAUCCAACGACUGUCAGCUAACCAUCAACACAACGUGAACCUCAAAUGCUCUCCACUUUAUCAGGUCAUGAACACUAAGAGAAACGGCGCUGCCUGGCCUGGCCAGAUCCCAUUGGAAGCCUUCACACUUCUCUCCCUUUCUUAACUCCGAUAUGGUGCCGUGGAAAAUGGUCGGUUGGAGCCGCAAUGCGUGGCCGUUGAAAAAUGUACCCGCUCCUGUGCCUCAACCCAUCAAGACCCUUACAUUAGCGCUCCGACUCAAAUUCGUGGAAAACACCACUCGCAUACCCUUGAACAGCCUGAGCUUACUCUUUGGAGACGGCAAAUUCUUUCAUCUGAGAGGAGAAAGUAGCCCUGAGAGCGGCCACAUUUGUGAGGCACUGGAGGGUCAAUUGCUACAUCGAAAGUCGGUGAACGCGUGAAGGAAGAGGUCAUGAUGAAGCUAAUCAAGUCUGAUGCAACAGCGAGGUCAGGCAACUGGCUCGUCUUCUCGUAUUGACGAUGUCUUCACGUCUUAUGGUUUCAUUAUCGGGGCUGGUUGAGGUAGAUGGCAGCCUGUUCCAAGCGAGGAGGCGGGAGUCUCCAUAAGGAGGUGAAUAAUCCUCUUACUUUUGUCACAUCACAACAUCGGAACAACACCUUCCAACACUCACCAAUCCUCUCGAUUCCCCUCACACACUCCCAUAGCACUCAAUCAACAAGAUGGUCAACCUCCUCACUCUGUCCUUCGCCGCGGUGGCUCUCACUCCCCUCGCCGGCGCCGUUCCCACCACCCGCGAUGUAGCCUCUGCACCUGCGCCCUUCUCCUUCGCCAAAUGGGUAGACGAUAUCAUCGCCAAACCCGAGGAGGCAGCCACUCCUCAGCAGGCUCUCGACGCUUAUUAUGCCUAUGUCAACAGCACCUCCACCGACAAUGUUCUCCCCGAAACAGCUUCCAAGAUGCACAAGCGAGCCAUGUGCAACACAGUUGUUGGCAAACAAGCACCGAUCCCCGACGCAGUCGAAUGCAUCAACUACCUCGCCCGCCUUAACACACAGACAUGCGAGGUCUACAGGGGCACGAACCACGUCUCGUUCGUCGUGCGUGGCAAUGCUGAGAUGAUUGGCGUCAGGCCGGAUACCAAUGGUGCUUCGACGAUUUGCAACAACGUCGCUCGCGCCGGCGGUAAAAUCAUGGACGCCUGCUCCCGAGCGGACAACACGGUAGAAGGUGAGGAGAUCACACCGGAUGCUGCGGCGAUUGCUGUGCACAUUAUCCAAAGGGGUGGAUAUUGAAGAAAGAAAGGAACCAAUAUCGGCUCCUUUGUUCUCUGGUGCUGUAGCCAGAGAAUCUUCAGGAUGUGUAUCAUCACCAAGCGGCUGGGCGAUUCAGGUCGUGUCAGAUCGGUAGGGAUGUUGGGAUUGUAUAGAGAUCUGGGCGCGAGGCUGCUAGGAAAGCGCAACUUGACGUAUCAAGGCCUGAUAGGUCCCACUACUUCUGUCGUUGCUCCUGCAGAAUUCGUAGAACUAGCUGCCAGAAUACAGUUCCCUGGGGCUGUUGUUAUCCU